UGUUUGUUUACAUGAGUAAUGUUACAAGAAGAAAGAAAAGACAAAUAUAGGAUGUGAUGACAACAACUCAUUUCUCUUGAUUUCUAAUCAUUAACAUUAAUUAUUUAGGAAGUAUGUUUAAUUUGGUGACGUCUUUCCUAAAUGAGGAGGAGUACAUUGGUUUAUUUAGAGGCCUUUUAUCUCAUUAAAUUGAUGGUUUAUAUUGUGGAGGUACCAUCAAAUUAUAUGAAAUAGUGAAUGUGGCGUAUUUAGAAAUUGAUUGAUCUCUUAGCCUUAAAAAUUUUUAUCAAUUUUUAAUUUUAUGUUCUUUCCGUUUCUAGGUAAUACAGGUUACAGUUGAUUCAAAUUGAUGUCAUGAGAAUGGAAAAUAGGGCAUUAGGAUUCAAAUCGAUAUUUUAAACAUUAUAGGCCCAGAUUGUCCUACCUUUUCUAAGAAGUAUUUUUUUUAAAUUAUUUUUAAUUUUUAAUUUUUUUAAAUAAUAAAAAUAUGUUCACUUUGUUAUUUUUAAAAAUAAAAAAAAUUAUAAAAAAAUCCAAAGUGUUUUAUCCAAAACGAAGUCCAUACUUGAAAAACUCGUGUAUUCUCUUCUCGGCAGGACAUGUGAGAACAAUUAGAGAGAGAGAUAAGAGAGAGUGGGGCACGACUAUUGAAGAAGAGUUGCGAAGAUGGCUGAGCACGGUGGCGGAGGAGGCUGUUGUCCUCUGAUGGAUCUGCUCCGUUCCGAUUCGAUGCAACUAAUUCAGCUCAUCAUCCCCAUCGAGUUUGCCCAUGACACUGUCGCCUAUCUCGGCGACCUCGGCCUCAUCCAGUUCAAAGACAGAAGAUGUAAUGACAAUCGAUGAGCGACAACAAGAAGGCAAUAAAAGACAACAACAGUUAACAAUUACAUAAUCUGCCAUGGAAAGAGAGGAGAGAGGGAAGAGGCAAAGCGAUGGAGGAUUUGCAAAUUUACAAUUUAAAUGAAGCAUAUCCACCUUUCAAACUGCCACGUGUAAGAGAGUUACACAGCCCACUGUAAAACAACUCAGCUCUCGAGUUGCCACGUGUGAUGCAGCUGACCUACUUAAGAACGGAAACGUGUCACCGCAUACCCACGCGUCAAAACCUGUUUCUCAGCUAUAAUAAACCCCCUCCCUCAACUUCUCGUCAUCACCAACUUAAACGCACAAUCCAGCGAUCCUCAUAUCUUGCCGGAACCCUACCAACAUCGCCGCCAUAGACAUGAGCCAGCCACAGCCCCGUCGACCGCAGGACUACGUCGAACAAGAGCCCAUCAAGUAUGGUGACGUUUUCUCGGUCACCGGCGACCUCGCCGAGAAGCCUAUUGCACCGCAAGAUGCUGCCGUGAUGCAGACGGCGGAGACCACUAUGUUUGGGGAGGUCCAGAGGGGCGGACCAGCAGCAGUCAUGCAGAGUGCAGCUGCAGUUAAUGAAAGAGCUGGGCUGGUUCGCCCCCGCGACGCAGCCGCAGUCACCGGCGAUAGGGAAAUGAACGUCACGGCCACGGACUACCAGGGAACCCGCGUCAUAACUGAAUCGGUCUCCGGACAGGUUGUGGGGCAAUACUACGACGCCACGCCGCUGCAACAGGGGACCGCUCCAGCAACCGCUUUGCAGUCGCAAAUAACCAUGGGCGAAGCUCUGGAAGCAGCGGCAAGUGUGGUGGGCGACAAGCCGGUGAACCAGAGCGAUGCCGCCGCCUUACGGGCGGCGGAGGCGAGAGCCACCGGCAUCAAUAUCAUAACUCCCGGCGGCGUUGCGGCCGCGGCGCAGUCGGCGGCUUCGUAUAACACCGCCGUGGACAGCGACGAGGACAAGGUCAAGCUCGCUGAUGUUCUCAAGGAUGCGACGGCGAAGCUGCCGGGGAAUAAGGUGGUGACGAGAGAGGACGCGCGGGCGGUGAGCAGCGCGGAGAGGAGGAGCAACCCGAAUCUGACGACGUAUCCGGGGGGAGUGGCGGAAUCGGUGGCUACAGCUGCUAGGUUCAACGAGCAGGCCAAGGCCACUGCCAUGUGAACUCUGAUGGAUAGAGGACUUGAUUAAGAGCGACACUACGUUGUAUGCUAUAUAUUUAUAUAAUAAUGCUUGUUUGUCCAUGGUCUUGUCAUUUUCUUCUUCCGUGUUGGGUAACAAAAAGUGACUUUGUUUUUGGCUGGGUUUUGUAUGAAAACUACUGUUGUGUAUA